AAACAAAAACGUAAAAAUGAUAACAAAAACAAUUAAAAACAUCAACAGCCCAAACAAGUAGUACGUACAUUUUUAUAGUGUAAGUAAAUAAAAAAUAGUUUUUGAUCAGAUGAAAGAGCUGAAAGCGUUCAUUGGCUCUGGUCAAAGCUGUGACGCACACUUAUGCUGUUUUCAGUAUGGAUGCUGUUUAGUACACUGUUACCCACCUCUGUUACAAACACCACAGAUUGGCCUAAAAUGAUCAUCUAUGAGUGUUAUUUUUGUUUAUGUCUGACAGAGUGAAGUCAAAAUCAAGAUGACUGACAGCGGGGAUCUUUGUCCUCACUUGGACUUUAUUGGUGAAAUAACUAAGGAGGAACUUAUUCAGAAAUCAAAGGGCACGUGUCAGUCAUGUGGGGUAGGUGGACCAAACCUUUGGGCAUGUCUACAGUGUGACUGUCCCUAUGUAGGCUGCGGAGAAUCAUAUUCUGAUCACAGUACUAUACACGCACAGGCCAAAAAACACAAUCUGACAGUAAACUUGACCACAUUCAGGGUGUGGUGUUAUGUCUGUGAAAGGGAGGUAUUUCUGGAACCAAAACCUGUUAUUCCUAUAUCAGUAGCUCACCGCUGCAAACAACACGAACAGGAUCCUCUUCCCCAGACAGCAUGUUACCCAUUGAAGGCAGUUCCUAUCGCAGUGGCGGAUGAGGAAGGCUCAGAAUCUGAGGAGGAUGAGAUUAAACCUAGAGGUCUCACAGGGAUGAAGAACAUUGGGAACUCCUGUUACAUGAACGCUGCGCUGCAGGCCCUGUCUAACUGUCCUCCUUUGACUCAAUUUUUCCUGGAUUGCAGUGGGCUGGUGCGUACGGAUAAGAAGCCGGCAUUGUGUAAAAGCUAUCAGAAGCUUAUCUCUGAGCUCUGGCACAAGAAACGGCCAAGCUAUGUUGUUCCCACUAGUCUGUUUCAUGGAAUAAAACUGGUGAACCCCAUGUUUCGUGGCUACGCUCAGCAGGACACUCAGGAGUUUUUGCGAUGUCUGAUGGACCAGCUUCAUGAGGAGCUGAAGGAGCCUUUGACCGACUGCAGCAGUGCAAUCUUAGAUGUCGACCCUGACCGCAACCUUGACAACCAAAAUCAUUUUGAAGGAGACCGAAGCCCCUCUGAGGACGAGUUCCUAUCGUGUGACUCUGGAUCCGGAAGCGAGAAAGGAGAUGUAGAGAGGGCAGGAGGAGAAGCAGAGCUGCUCAUCCAAGAUGAGUGUGUGGGCGUGAGAGGAAACGGCGGGAUCUCAGAGAAAGAGAGGCUGAAAGAGAGAAGAGGAGAAGAGAGAACACGGGAAAUGGAUGAGGAUGCAGAUGUGGACACAGCCGCACAAGAGGGACAGGCAGAGAGAGAAACAGAGGCAACGACUGCAACCACAACUGUGCCGACAUCAGGAAAUACAGAACCUGAUAAUGAAGCUUCCAUGCACUGUCCGUCCUCUCAUCCUUGUAGCCCUGCUCACAGUUUGCAGGAGCUUCACUCCAGACUCUCCAGCAGCCCACCAAGAUCCAGCCCCCUCAGAACUGGACCCACUUACACCUUAAAGAAAGCUCAGAUGCUGCUGAGCACCAAGAAAAAGAAGCAAUCACGUUUCCGCAGUGUUAUUUCAGAUAUCUUUGAUGGAUCCAUUCUGAGUCUGGUUCAGUGUUUGACAUGUGACCGGGUUUCGACAACCGUGGAGACCUUUCAGGACCUGUCUUUGCCUAUUCCGGGUAAAGAAGAUUUGGCCAAACUCCAUUCCUCCAUCCACCAGAGUGCUCCCGUUAAAGCUGGUGUCUGCACGGAUGGCUAUGCGGCCCAGGGAUGGAUCUCCUACAUCAUGGAAUCUAUACGAAGGUUUGUAGUGUCUUGUAUUCCCAGUUGGUUUUGGGGACCCAUGGUAACGCUGGAAGAUUGCCUGGCAGCUUUCUUCGCUGCUGAUGAGCUGAAAGGAGACAACAUGUACAGCUGUGAACGAUGUAAAAAAUUGAGAAAUGGUGUGAAAUAUUGUAAAGUUCUGCGUCUACCAGAAAUAUUGUGCGUUCACCUGAAGCGUUUCAGGCAUGAAGUCAUGUACUCAUUCAAGAUAAAUAGCCACGUGUCAUUUCCAUUGGAGGGUUUGGAUCUCAAGCCCUUCUUGGCUAAGGAGAGCUCAUCUCAGAUUACUACCUACGACCUGCUGUCUGUCAUCUGUCAUCACGGCACUGCUGGGAGUGGUCACUACAUAGCGUACUGUCAGAAUGUGAUCAAUGGACAGUGGUACGAGUUUGACGAUCAGUAUGUAUCAGAAGUGCACGAGACGGUAGUGCAGAAUGCUGAAGCAUAUGUCCUCUUCUACAGGAAGAGCAGUGAAGAAUCUGUGAGAGAGAGACAGAAGGUUGUCGCUCUGGCUAAUUUAAAGGAGCCUAGUCUGCUUCAGUUCUACAUUUCCAGAGAAUGGCUCAACAAGUUCAACACAUUCACUGAGCCUGGACCCAUCACCAACCACACUUUCCUUUGUCAGCAUGGAGGAAUCCCUCCUACUAAGUACCAUUAUGUGGACGAUCUGGUUGUGAUCCUUCCUCAGAAUGUGUGGGAAUAUCUUUACAACAGGUUUGGGGGAGGCCCGGCCGUGAAUCACUUAUAUGUGUGUGCCAUCUGCCAAGUAGAGAUCGAGACCUUAGCCAAACGACGGAAGCUGGAGAUAGACACCUUUAUCAAGUUAAAUAAAGAGUUUCAGGCUGAAGAAGCGCCUACAGUAAUCCUGUGUAUCAGCAUGCAGUGGUUCAGAGAAUGGGAGAACUUUGUAAAGGGCAAAGACAACGAGCCGCCUGGCCCCAUUGACAACAGCAAGAUUGCAGUAAUGAAAGGCGGACAUAUCCAGCUUAAACAGGGAGCAGACUACGGGCAGAUAUCUGAAGAAACGUGGCAGUACUUGUUAAGUAUUUAUGGCGGUGGGCCAGAGAUUGCAGUGCGGCAAACCAUCAGCCCCCCAGACACUGACACGCAUGGUGAGAGGAAGAUAGAGGCGGAGACCAGAGCCCUCUGAAAUGGUGAUGAAGACCAACAUGUGGAUGACACUGCGCUUAAAUUUCUGUCUUACAAACACUUUGUGAGCAUUUCUGUGGAUCUGCUAUCUGUGACUGACAGAGCUCUCCUAGCAUAGGAAAGGGUCUUAUUUAUUAAGUGAAUAAAUCUAUUAUCAGACACGCACAUAUGACAUAUUUAGGUAACACUUUACAAUAAGGUUCAUUAGUUAACAUUAGUUAAUAAUACAUUAUUAAAGGGUUAGUUCAGCCAAAAAUGAAAAUUAUGUCAUUUAUUACUCACCCUCAUGUCGUUCCACA